AUAAAUAAUCAAAUAAUACGAAUGAAGACAAAGAUGACACGUAUAAAUAUUAGAUUAACUGAUUUUAUUAUUAUUAUUUCAUGGUGUUCUAUAAACGGUGCAAUCGUUACGCUAUACGAUUUUACGAAAAAGUAUUGAUAAAAACAUAUACGGAUAAUGCGAGAGAAAAAUGGAAGAAGCGAAACAUGCGUGGGCUACUUUGAAAUCAGUCAGAAAACUAUCAUUGUUGAAUAGUAAUAGCAACAGCAACGGAAACAGCAACAAGAAUAAUUCAACGGCAAUAUGGUAUGACAUUCCAGCACCAGUGAUAAUUCACUGUUGUCACGAAUUUCCAGACAUGGCCCAAUCCGAUAAUGCUGAGUUGAUCGAGAAAAGAACGAUCCUUGCGAUUGAGAACGAGCAGUCGACGACCGAUAUUCGGGAUAAUAACGGACUGGAGAAAUACGAGAAUGAGGAGACGAGAGAGAAGCGACAUAAAAACAGUGUCGAAUUGACCGCAGUUUCCACUGUGAAAACCGACGAUGACGGAGUACCGAAGAUAAGCUUCAGUUUUCUACACGCGAAUGAUAAUCCAUCAAGAUCUGUCCUCGAGAAAGGUACGGUUAUGACGACCGUGACCACGACCACGACCGCGAUCGAGAACGAGAAUGGUAGAGAUGAGUCUACGCAAGAUGAAUUGUAUGACUUUCCUAAGAAUUCAUACGUCCUCGAUGAAAUCGAAAGCGAGAAAGUCGUAGAAAGCGAACACAACUGCGAGGAUGAGGGCGAGAUAGAAACGGACGGUAAUGAAAUUCGUAUCGGCCAAGCGAAAUUCCACGUGGAAUCGAUUGAGGUUGGAAAUGUAAUCAAUUCACCGAAAGAAACGUGCGACGUGUCCCACGAAGAGAUCGAACCGUCGCUGGAGAAAGUGAACGAUUUGUACGCGAACGUAAGAAAUCCAAAUUCAUACGAUCGAAGAAACGAAAGAAAAUACGUUAGAUCGGAAAGCGACGGAUGUGAUGAAAAAUUUGUAUCGAUCUCGGGAUCUUAUUCAGAUCCUGAAUACUCGAACGAUACUUUCUUGAAUGUCAUUCGACCAAACGGAUUAUAUCCAAAGAAACAUCGGCUGGGGAAAGCAUGGGAGAAAAUGCGAACCUGGCUACGCGACGAGACCUCUCGAAUCAACGAGAUUGUGAACAAACACGCGAAAUUGCAAGCUGUCGGCGCUCUUUCCGGGGAAUCCGUUGCUCCAACCGUUUCCAAGUCAAAUAGCGCCUCUUACGACCUGCUCAAAGCGAAAACUCGGGAAUCGGGAUCGAUCACCAGAAUCGAGGAAUUCGGUUUGUCCUCUCUGUCGAAAGACGAUGUAAACUCUUCUCCGGAGAAAGAGGUGACCGUUUCUAUGGGAGAGCAAGUGAAAAAUAAAAACGGUUUAAGGAAAAGUAUCGCCACCUCGGAGACCGUGUUGAAUGAGAAGAGCGAAACGAUAGUUCCUCCGGUUUCUUUCAGCAUGGACAAGCUUUGCUCCGAUACGGAGAACGACGAGAGGGACAACGUGGUCAGUGGAGAGACCGAGGGCAGGGAUCAUGCUCGAAAAGCAGGUCUAAUUAAGAGGAGAAUGCUGGGGUCAAUCAGAGGGUUAAUGGCCUCCACUCAUCUUCUUCACUCAUCUUCUGCUCACGAGAUCGAAGAGGGAGGACAAGGAGGAUUCGAAGAUGUUCGAAGGUACGUAAAACAAGGAGGCGAUUUUUGCAAGGAAUUGGCAUCGAUUCUACACGAAAGAGCGGAAUUAGAAGCGAAUUAUGCGAAAGGACUGAACAAGUUGGGCAAUAAAUUGAUUAAAGCAUGUGCAAAGGAUCAAGGUGGCAACGGUGGCGGAGGCGUGAACGAGGCAUGGAGAUGCGUCGGCGAGGAGAUGGAGGCCACCGCCGAGGCUCAUAGACUUUGGGGAAUUACGCUUAGCGAACAACUCGCCAAACCGCUGAGAAUAGGAGUAGCAGAGGCUCAAGCGCGUUCGAGAAAAUCUAUCGAGAAUUCCGUGGACAAAGCUGGGAAAUCUCUUCACGAGUGGCGUAACAUUGCGAUUAAAAGUAAAAAGCAGAGUUUCGCUUGCGCGCGGGAAAACGAGAGGUUGCAAGAUUUAGCGAGGCUGCAAACGAUCAGCCAGAGCCAACAGGCGAAUAACAAGUCAUCGACUCAUAUGACCGAGAAGGAAGCCAAUAAACUCGAAGCGAGGAGGAGAAAGGCCGAGGAUUCGUCCCGUAGGGCGGACACGGAGUUUUAUACAGUGAGCGUGAGAGCCGAAAGAGCUAGGCUUGAAUACGAAAGCACGAUGAGGAAGGGGGCCAAGCAAAUGGAACUUCUCGAGGAAGAGCGAUUAAGCGCUCUAAAGGAUCUCGCCAACGUUUAUCUGGCUCACCUGCAAGCUUUAGCUCCCCGUUUGCAACAGAUUGCAGACCGUUUGGCAGCUCCUAUACGUAAUUGCAACGUAUCUCAGGAUAUCGAGAUUUUAAAGAAUCUUAUACGCAGGGUGGAGAGUAGCGAUGGGUGUAAUUCGGAACAGCUGUUACCAGAUUUCUAUGCUGAACACGUUACUCUGGCGAUGAACAGAGAACGUAGGAAACAAGCGUUGGUAAGAGUUCUUCAUUUGAUCAGGCAAGACUUGGAGCGUGAAAAACGCGGGAGGGAAGGGCUGGAAACUCUUCACAGAGCUUUCAUUGCGACGCCAGCAUUCGCGGCAGACGAGAGUACGCAAAAUGUAACGGAGAAGCUACAUCACAUGCGUUCCAUGUUGGUGUAUCUGGAGGCAGCAAGGUACAAAGUUGGGGGAACAUUAGCAGAAGUAGAGGGCAGCAAACGAAUAAAGCAUCCAUUGGCUGAACACAUUUUAGUUUCAAGAGAUAAACAAGGUUUGCAGCAAAGUGUCCUUAAGAUUCCUUCUUGGGCAAAGAACGAAUCGUUCGAGAUUCAGGAUGACGAAGACGAGAUAGAUGUCCAUCUCGUAAAGGAUCAUGAUGCUGAAAGUCGUCAUUGGGUCGUCGAUCGAACAGCUGGGGAUGGCAACUCGGAAAAUCCACCGGACGAGGAUGACUUUAGUGAUUUUGACGAAUUCAGCAGUCAUUCUGAAGAUAAUAACAAUCAAGAUAUGGACGCUGCCGAAACGAGUGGCAAAUCCGAUGGAACGGAACAGUGUAGAGCUAUUUAUCAAUAUUCAGCGAAUUUAAACGACGAGCUUAGUCUAAGUCCUGGAGAUUUAAUCACAGUCCAUCAAAAACAACCGGACGGUUGGUGGAUAGGCGAAUGCAGGGGUCGAACUGGAAUAUUUCCAGCCACUUAUGUUCAAGUUAUUCAUUAAUCGAUUCAUCCGACUUAUUAUUAAAGAU